AUGCUGGACAGCGCGAUGAACAGUCGGCUCUUGAUAACCACCAGAAAGGAAGAAGUCUCCAAGGGGAUGAAAAGCUUCAAGACAUACCAGAAGCAGGUGCUGUCCACAAACGACGGGUGGGAGAUCCUCCGCACUGCGUUGGGCAAUUCAGUCGCUCAGGAGAGGCUUCAGGAGUUUCGGGAAAUCGGCAUGGAGAUUGUGGAGAAAUGCGGGGGCCUUCCUCUGGCCGUCAACGUCGUUAUAGGAGUUCUUAUAUCCAAGGAACUUCGUAUUGAUGUUUGGGAGGCCAUCCGCAGGAAGCUAUCUUCGAAAGCGCCGAUAGACGAGGGCGAGAGUUCGGAUCAGGUGAUACCGGCUCUGUCUCUGAGCUACGAAGACCUGCCUCCGAAUCUGAAGCAGUGCUUCCUCUACUGCUCCCUCUUCCCCCGACGACUUCAGGUUUCAAAGGACGAACCUCACUCAGAUGUGGGUGGCCGAAGGUUUCCUGCCGAAGAGCGAAGAGGACGACGCCCACGAAUACUUCACGCGGCUGAAGAGCAGGAGCCUUCUGCAAGAUGUGCCUGAAUAUGUUAAGGAAUCGGGCGGCAAGAUGCACGACGCCGUGAGAAACCUCGCCGUCCACGUCUGCAACAAAAAGUACCGGUUCCAACAAGACUCUAGCAAGCUCCCACCAGGCUCUCGUCAUUUGUCGUGCGUGAGGAAGGGCUUACUAGAGGCGCCGAGCUUGAAGGAGAUGGGGAAACGCGUGAGAACGCUGCUGCUCUUCAGGAAUCCAUCCAUUACUCGUCUGCCCGAAAAUUAUCUCGGGAAGCUCAGGCGUCUGCGCGUCCUGGAUCUCUCAUACACGGGGAUUGAGAGUCUGGACGACUCCAUCGGGAAACUUGUCCAUCUGAGGUCUGAACGUUUCCUACACCAAGCUGAAGGGGAUUCCAGACUCAAUCCAGAACCUGCGAAAUCUGCAGACCUUCAAGUUAACUGGCUGCGAUUCCUUGAAGAGGCUUCCGAAUGGGAUAUCUUGUCUUGUCAAUUUGACUGAUCUCGGAGUCGUUCCCGCGGCUGGCCAACUGGAGCAAAUGCCCGUUGGAAUGGGGAAUCUUGUAGAGCUGCGCAUACUAAAGGGCUUCGUGGCGAACGAUGUGACUCAGGGUGAGAACAACAUGAGGCAUUUGAAGGAAUUGGCCCAGCUCCGAGAUCUUGCCAUGUACAAGCUGGAGGCAGUGACAAGCAUGGCUAUGGCACAGGAAGCAGGGUUGAAAAACAUGCAGAAAUUGAAUAACCUUCGAUUGUCAUGCACUCCAAGGACAGACCUCCGUCGAGAGAAUCCGGAAAUACAAAGAAUUGAAUAUUCAUUUCAAGGUUUUUCGCCACCUUCAAGGUUAGAGGUCCUUCACAUCGAAUGGUUUUUUGGUUUGAGAUUUCCCGUCUGGAUCAAUAACAAUUCUCUCAGACACCUCCGAUGGUUGAGACUGGAAAACUGCAAAUUUUGCCAAGCGCUUCCUCCUUUAGGGAAGGCUGUCUGAGUUAAGAGUUCUCCACAUUAGGGGUCUUUCAUCAAUAUCUGCUAUUGGCACUGAGUGCUUUGGCGGUGAGACAGAAGCGAAAUCGUCCUUACCCAGAUUAGAGACGCUGUACUUUCGGGGCAUGUCCAAAUGGGAACACUGGUCGCGCUUAGAAUGCGGUGCACUGCCCGUUCUCAACAGCUUGCAUAUUGUCAACUGUCCAAAACUGAGAUCUCUUCCAGAGAGUUUAUGUCAUGCUACUUCUUUGAGGCAGUUGAAGAUUGAAGGUGCUGAUGUGCUCAAGGUCAUCAAGGAUCUCCCGUCAGUUACUGAAUUGAUGAUCUCGAAGAACAGGAAUCUGGAGGAGAUCUCCAAUCUCACACAACUGAAGACCAUGGAUAUCUGCAAUUGCCCAUCUAUAAUGCAGACCAACUUUCUUGACGUCCUAGCUCAUCUGAAGUUGGAUGAUUCCAACAUGGACACGCUGACCAUGUGGCUGACUCAAACCACUUCACUCCAAAGGCUAGAACUGGUAUGUAGCCUUGAUCUUCUAUGUCGUUUUUGCUUUGCUGAUGGUGAAGACUGGUGUAAGAUAAGCAACAUUCCUCGAAUCGAAGCCAAGUCCCGUGACGGGUCGAAAUACAUAUCCUAUGUGAAGAGCCCACACUCUUUCUCGAGCAACUUAACUGAAAAUAUCAAUUCGUCUGCCCUGGCCUAG